AUGGCUUGCUACUGCGGUGGCAACCAGGUUCACGGCCGGCAACCUAGCGGUGGCUGCUAUUGCGUCUGCGCUUGCGCUUCUUCCGGCUUCCCUGCUGGUUCCCAUCCGCCCAUCCCGAAUCUGGCCCCGAAUGUGGCCAAUGAUCCGCUGCUUCUGGCCCUCGUAGCUCGACUCCUUCAUCCCCCACCGGCGGCGGCAGCACCGUCGCCGCCUAGCUACCAGUUCUGCCAUGAAGAAUACCAGGGUUUCCAGUUCCCAUCUCAGCAGCGGGGGCAACAGAGGCGUGACCAUCAGCAUCAGUACCAGCAACAUCAACACGAGCGACAGCAGCAGCCGCAGCCACAAGCUCAGAGCCUCAUCCGGUCGCUGCUUCGACGGAUCGCCGCCCUCGAGUCCGCAAUUCCCGGCGUGUCCUCUUCGCCUCCUACCGCUGAGAUGCAGGCGGCUUCUCCUCGCGGGCGUCCUGCGCCACGUCGUGCCUUGUUGCGCGAUCUGGCGGCGCGCACCAUCCAGGCUGCUUUCCGGCGGUACCUUGUCCGACGGUCGCGGAUCCUCCGUGACCUGAAGCACUUGGCCUCCAUCAGAUCCCAUCUCGCGGCCCUUCGAUCGUCUCUCUCGGACGAGACGCGCAUCAGCCCGAAGGCUCUGUACCAGAGAGUGGUGGAUCUGCUCCUCCAGCUCGACUCCAUCUGGGUAAAUCCUGAUCCAGAAUUUCGAGAGGAGUCGGGAGGGUCCCAUUUUCAUUCGUCGGAUGUUUAUCGUGUUGUACUCUUCUGGAUUUUUCUCUCAGAGCGCGGAUGUGAUGAUCCGAGAGGGAAAGAAGCCGAUCAGUCGCGAACUGGUGGUGCUGCUAGAGUUUGCGGAAUCGUUAAUGGUGCAAAAGCGUGAGGUAGGCGUGGAGGCAAUGGAAAUCUCCCGUCGGCGCAUCGAUCAGGGAACAUUCUCCGGAAAAGGGAGGGCGGGUUUCGAAGAUCUCCCGGAUCUUUUCGAGGUCCCGGUCGAGGAAGCUGAGGAAUCAGACGAGGGGAGCCCGAAUAUCGGUGCCUCCACCACCAACACGGCGAAGAGGACCACCUUUGAGGAGAGCGUGAAGGGGUCCAGGGUUUCCACCAUUGCCGGGGAGUCGAUCAUCGAGGAAGAGAGAAGCCGAUUAAGCGCUGGCGGCCGUGCGCCAAGAGGAGCGGGCGUGGUGUCACAGGAGGAUGUAAUCAGGUGGAACUCCUACAGAUUCGUCCCGGAGGAAGCCGCCGGAAGAGAUGAUGGCAUCAGCAAUUUCUUUCCUCUCUCCGACGACUUCGUGGAUGUACCACGGCUAAGCGGCGACGGCGGAGGAGGAGUAUCCCGGCGCAUCAACACCGGCGACGAGGGCCUCCGAGGCAACCAGAACGGAAGGAUAAUCUUCCCCGGGAGGAGCGGGUCUCCGGCGGAUCAAGACGGUCCCAGCUCGUCAGGUUUGUCUGCCCCAUUGCCUCUGCAGAUGGAGCCGCGGAAAGGCAAUACGAAGAAGAUGACCGUGGCGGUAAUCUGA